AUGAGUGCGGAAGUAUGGUGGUUCUUAAAGUUUUUCCUAUUUUCAUAUAUAUGCUCGUCUUUAGCAACAAUACCUCAUAGGAAAUUUGAGUAUAAAUAUUCCUUUAAACCCCCAUAUCUUGCCCAAAAAGAUGGUUCAGUGCCUUUUUGGGAAUAUGGUGGAAAUGCUAUUGCAAGUGCUGAAAAUGUUCGAGUGGUACCCUCCUUGAGAAGUCAAAAAGGUAAGUCAUUGAUAACUCAAGUUUUUCUACUAAAAAAUAGUUAGGAUGGGAUGUGAGUGGUUGGGGUGUGUUGUGGUGGGGUUGGGAUUUUAGGGAUUGGCUUUCUGGUAUGUUGAAAAUAAAGGAGCAUACGAUGGCCCAGUUUUUGGAAGCUCUGAUAAAUGGGUCGGUCUGGGUUUAUUCUUCGACUCGUUCGAUAAUGAUAAUAAGCAUAACAAUCCUUAUAUUAUGGCCAUGGCUAAUGACGGAACUAAAGAAUACGACCAUGCAAAUGAUGGCUCAUGGCAGAUGCUUUCUGGCUGUGUUAAAGAUUUUCGUAACAAACCUUUCCCCACAAGAGCGAAGAUUGAAUAUUACAUGAACACAUUGACAGUAUUAUUCCAUAAUGGAAUGACCAACUCAGAUCAAGAUUACGAGAUCUGUCUUCGAGUUGAGAAUUUAUUUUUACCUAAAGCAGGCUACUUUGGAAUAUCUGCCGCAACUGGUGGUCUCGCUGAUGAUCACGAUGUUCUUUAUUUUCUUACUACAUCUUUAUAUCCACCAGGAUCACAGCCACCGGCGCCGUCAGUCCAAGUUCCAAAGCUUAGCCAAGAAGAAGAAGUUAAACUAACAAAAGAGUAUCAAGAAUUUCAGAAGAAAUUGGAUCUCCAAAAAGAGGAGUAUAAAAAAGAUCAUCCAGAUGCUGAAAAUGAAUUCGAUGAUUGGUUUGAAAGUGAUUCGCAGCGAGAACUGAAACAAAUCUUCUCAGGAAUGAGUCAGAUAUUCGACCAGGUUAAACUUAUUAGUCAAAAAAUUGAUGAAGUAGUCGGUAGACAAGAGCGUGCUUUAGGUCUCAUUUCUACAUUGCACCAGUCUGGUGGUGUUCCACAGCAAGUUGUCGCACAGCAAGGUUUGCCUCCUCCGAGUCAACCGCUUACUACUGACACAAUAAGGCGCCAUGAAGUUGAUGCUGUUUUGUCGAAUCAGAAUUCAAUAAUCGCUCAAGCAAGAGAACUCAAAGGGUACCUGAUGGAUAUUGUCAGAAAAACCGAUUCAUUAUCGCAGCAGGGAGGAGGUGGAGCCCCUCAGAGUCAAGAAACUACUGACAUGCUGCGGGAAAUCAAAGAGGGUAUGGGAUCCCUUCGACAGCAAGUGCCGCUAUCCGCCCCCCAAUCUUGCCCAACUUGCAUAACACCCCUAGUUUUGUUCCUAGCAUUUUUCGGUCAUCUUGUAGUAAUGUUCGUAUACUUAUUAUACAGGGACAAUAAGGGAGCACAAGCCAAGAAAUUUUAUUAAUUAACAUGAAUUUUUCGAAAGUAAAAACAAAACAAAAUAAAAAAAAAGUGGAUAUGAUUGGAUGAGCCAAUCGUGAUAAUGGAAGGAAUCGUUUAAUAUUUUACCAUUUUUACUGGUAUAUUUGUGUAAAUAUGUAAGAAAUAUUUGUUUUAAAAAAACAAAAACAGCUGAUUACUUAAUUACUAUGUAUUUAUUGAUUGAAAAAAAUUACACUAUUAGAAUUAUUUUUCAAUAAAAAUAACAAUAAUUUUUUAUUACAGUUAUAAAGCAGUGUUUAAUGGUAGAUUGACUGCUUUUGGUUGUUUUUUCUAUAAUUUUUUAAAUCUAUUUUUUAUUUAUUUAUUAAAACCAGAUCCUGAUCUUUUUUAAAGAUGAAUAUGAUAAUUGUAUUUCUAUGGUAAUUUUAAACAUCUUGUUAGUGAAGCAUAUUUCACAUUUACAAAUUUUUCCCUGGGGAAUUUAAUUAUUAUAUAUUUAUGCAUAAUGGAAUUUACAAGUAUUAAUUGUUUAGGAAAGAAAGAUUAAAAUAUUUAAAAGAGAAAGGUCAAUUAAAUAGGAAAAUUUUUUGAUUGUAUAUAUUUAUUUUAUUUUUGUUAUAUCUUUCAAAGUCUUGUGUUUUAAUGAAAUGUAUUUGCUUGUGUAAGAAUCAUUCUCGGACUACGUAAUGCUGUGUGCAUUUUUGUGAACAUAAAAAUAAAUUGUUUUUUGCAUGAAUAUAUUAUUUAUAUUCAAUGUUUAUGACCUUUAUGAAAUAUUCGUAGCUUGAUAUUUUAGGUCAUCCAUUUACAUUUUGUUUGAUUAUCGAAUACUAUUUGUAUUAAUAAUUUUUGUGUGCUUCCAUAUAUAAGUUAUGUUAGUGUAUUAAAGACUGAAUACAAAUUAGGAGUCGAGUUAACAUCAUCAUUCCUUUAAUUUUUUAUUUGUAUAAAAAUUGAUCGAAAAAAUAAUUAUUGUUUAAAGUUGAGAAACUUUUGUGAUGCAAAAAAUGAUGUAUACAUUUUUUCAAUUUUUUUUUUGUUUGUUUAUUUCUUUGUUGGUACUUUUUAAAAUUUAUUGGGUUUAAAUGAUGUAAAAAAAUAUGUAUAUUGAGUGAUUUAAGUUAAUGUUGAAUUGUUAUGUCUUUUGUUUUAAAGGGUAUUAUUGCAUUAAAUAAAUCUUUAAUUUUAAUUUUGAA